AACAUUCACUACGAGAAAGUGAACAAUGAUGACGGGAAACUUUUGAAAAUGGAGGGCGCCGAAGCAAAAGGAUGAACACAAAUGCUCUUUAUAUUUGUAAUAAUUCAUUGUUUUUAAUUUUACAGUCGAUAAUACGCGAAUGCAGAUGGAGCUCCUGCUGAGCGAUAUUUGCCAGGAGAACAUCGAGCAGUUGCGGGGAGCCCGAAAACAUGUCCAUGUAUACAUGGAGGUGGCACAGAUCUUAAUGGAAGCUGGGUUUGAUGUGUCCUACAAGUCCUACGUCCGGACAAAAAUUGAGAACCUGACCAAAAGUACAGGCAGGAAAAAAUUAAAAUGGGGCCAAGCGGUGGCGCUCCUUCCGCGUGGCAGCACUAUGAGUUGCUCCACUCGUUUCUAGGCGCAUACCGCAUCCACAACAUGGAGCAGAACACCUUGGAGAACGACAAUACUAGGGAAUACUUUGUGGAGAUCUUGGAUGUAGACCCCAAUGACAGGGAAGCCUCUAUCUGCAGCAGCAGUCAACGCUCAGGCAGCACUGCGCCCCCCGCUAAGCGCACAAAGGUGGACCACAAGUCGGAACUUGUGGAGAUAGCUCGAGAAAGGCUGGAGGAGCAGGGAGCGCAGACAGAAAUAAUGUUGAGAAUGUUAAGAACAGCCAAGCUAAAUUCCAGUCGGAUUUGUUGGAGCUGUUGAGAAAAUCAACGAAUUCCUAAAAUUAAGAAUAAAUAAAUAGGUGAAUUUAAAAAUAUAAUG